UUCAACAUGGACAGCACUGGAAAAUUGAAAAUCCUCUUCCUCUGCGGUUUACUGGCGGUAGCUGUCGCUGAGGACUCGAAAAAAUCCGAGGACAAGCAGUCAACAAGCCCGGAGAAACCAAAGCGUGGCCUGGAGUUGAGUCUCGGUGAUCAUGGGUUCGGUGGAUUCGGUGGUCAUGAUUUUGGUGGUAGUUUCGGUGGUGGUUUUGGUGGUGACCACGGUCACGUUGAGCACGUCAAGGCAGUGACAAUCACAAAGCACGUGCCAGUACCCUACCCCGUCAAAGUUCCCGUAAAGGUGCCAGUCGAUCGUCCAUAUCCCGUUCAUGUGCCCGCACCAUACCCCGUGACGGUGGAAAAAGCCGUGCCCUACCCGGUGGAGAAGCCAGUUCCCUACCCAGUUAAAGUGCCCGUUAAGGUGCCUGUGAAGGUGCCGUACCCUGUGGAGGUGCCCGUCAAAGUCCCCUACCCCGUCCACAAACCGGUGCCGUAUCCAGUCAAGGUACCAGUGGUCGUCAAGGAGCCGUACCCAGUCCUGGUUAAGGAGCAUCAUCAUGGAGGCGAUUUCGGAGGAUUCGGGGGCUUCGGAGGUCAUGAGUUCGGCGGCUUCGGCCACCACUAGACUAAUUAUCAACUUGUAAAUUAUAACGAAAAUGUAUUAAUUCGAUCUCUGCGCAGUCGGGUCGAAGAGGAUCUCUGUGAGUCUCUCGUUCAAGAAAUCUACGAUGAAUUCAUGUUUAAUUGAAAAUUGU